GCCGUUAAGUUGCAAUCGUUGCGGUACAACGGUUGGAAUGGUAGACGAAAGUUGGGCGCACUAUGUUGGCGUCUCGGCUCUCAUGCUCGUCACGUUCUUCUUGUCAAACUGUCUGGCCUGGUGGCUGGACAUAAAGCGGAAGCAGCGUAUCUCUGCGAAAGCGCAGGAGUUGAGCAAAGCAAGCAAGCUGAAGACGCCUGUCACGAUCGUGACAGGAUUUCUUGGGAGCGGAAAGACAACCCUGGUCAACAGCGUUCUUUCUUCUGAGACGCACGGCAAGCGCAUUGUGGUGAUCGAGAACGAAGCAGGUUCGAUCAGCAUAGACGACAAGGUCUUGCGUGCAGGAGAGCAAGAAAAAGCAGCUGUCGGAAUCUUUGUUAUGAAGAACGGCUGCAUGUGCUGCACUGGCGAUGGAGCUGGGCCUGAGCUGGAACGAGUUCUGAACCAUCUGCUGAACAUCUUGCAGGAUGAUGAGUACGACUACGUGCUCAUCGAAACCUCCGGGCUGGCUGACCCGGCGCCCAUCAUGCAGACCUUCUUCAGCCUCAGCAACGCCAGCGGCAGGUUCUUCCUCGACGGCGUCGUCGCCAUCAUCGACUGCCACAACGUCUGGCAGCACCUGGACGGCCGCGGGUGGGGAGCGAAGACGCCGGAGGUGUAUCGGCAGAUAGCGCACGCGACGAGCAUCCUGAUGAACAAGACGGACAGGAGGAAUGAUCAGGAAGAAAACCUGAAAGAGCUGGAGGAGCUGCUGGGGGAGCUAAACCCUCAUGCGAAAGUCCUGCGAUGCCAGCACUGCGAGGUCUCUCUCGAUCAUAUUCUCGACCAGAGAGCAUUUGACGCUGCUCGGGUGGCCGAUAUGAUGGUGAUUGAGCGACGACUAGCCGGAGAUGAGCAUCCGAGCGCCGUCAUGGCUCGACACACGCCAGGCAUCAGAGCGAUAAGCUGGGCGUCUGCUCUGGUGGAGGAGAGGUGGAGGGACGUGUAUCGCAUGAAGGGCGUGCUGGCGGUCGAGGGCUCGCGGAGGCUCUUCGUGUUGCAAGGGGUGUGUGGAGAGCUGAAGGGUCAAGAGGGAAGAGAAUGGCGAGAAGAAGAAGAGAAAGUGUCAGAGCUCAUCGUCAUCGGCAAAAACCUAAACCAUGACAGCAUCGAUAGAGGGUUCCGGCAAUGCCUGCUGUCUUGGAGGAAGCAGUCAGAGGCAGAACAGUCUUUAAUUCCGCCCUAA